AUGGCAUACCCAUAUCAGCAGCCAUCCGGGUUCCCUGGUUACCCAGGCUAUCCAACUGCUGACCCUGCAUAUGCUCCUGGUGGCCAGCAAGGAUUUCCUGGUGGGCAAUAUCCACCAGCUGGUGGAGGCGCAUACCCACCAGCAGCUGGAGGUGGAUACCCACAGCCUGGUGGAUACCCUGCUGCUGGUGGCUAUCCUGGUGGGAUGCCUUCCUAUCCUCCUCAAGGUCCUGGAUAUGGAGCCCCAGGUCAAGGUGCAGGAUAUGGAGCUCCUCCCGGUGCGCCUGGUUAUGGACCACCAGGUGGAGCCCCUGGCUAUGGUGGACCUGGUUUCGGUGCCCCACCUGGCGGAUUUGGAGCGCCAGCAGGAGGACAGUAUGGGGCUGGAGGAUACAGUGCUCCACCAGGUGGUGUCCCUGCAGCCGGUGGAUAUGGUGCACCACCUGGUGGGGCUCCAGGAUAUGGAGGAUACCAGCAACCUGCUGCUCAGAGCUAUGGGGGAGGCGCACCAGGGGGAUAUCCAACAGGACCUGCACCUGGACAUCAGCCAGCAGGACCCGCACCUGGACAUCAGCCUGCAGUCAGCAUGCAGUAUCAGCCUUUUGCAGCAGCCAUGACUGCGACCCAGGGCACCAUCAAAGCUGCAGCAAAUUUUGAUGCACUGGCAGAUGCGGAAAAGCUGAGAAAAGCCAUGAAGGGGUUUGGAACCGAUGAGCAAGCAAUAAUUGAUGUUGUUGCUAAUCGUUCCGCUGACCAGAGACAGAAAAUUAAGGCUGCAUUUAAAACUGCUUAUGGCAAGGAUUUGAUUAAAGAUCUGAAGUCUGAAUUAAGUGGAAAUGUUGAAGAACUCAUCCUUGCGCUGUUUAUGCCUCCAACAUACUAUGAUGCUUGGAGUUUGCAUCAUGCCAUGAAGGGUGCAGGAACAAAGGAGAAGGUGUUGAUUGAGAUCCUGUGCUCCAGGACCAAUGCUGAAAUAAGAAACAUAGUAGCAACCUACAAGUCAGAGUUUGGACGGGACAUUGAAAAGGAUAUCCGAUCUGACACCUCUGGCCACUUUGAAAGACUGCUUGUGUCUAUGUGCCAGGGCAAUCGGGAUGAAAAUACCAGUGUGAACAUGCAGCAAGCUGAAUCUGAUGCCCAGCGCCUCUAUCAGGCCGGUGAAGGAAAGUUGGGAACAGAUGAGUCCCGCCUUUAAUUUGGUGCUGGCAAGUCGAAGCUAUCCACAGCUGAAAGCGGUUGCCGAGGCUUAUGCCAGGAUUUCAAAGCGGGACUUGCUAAGCGUCAUCGGCCGUGAAUUUUCUGGCUACAUAGAAGAUGGACUAAAGGCAAUCUUACUGUGUGCUAUGAACCGUCCAGCCUAUUUUGCAGAAAGACUUUACAAGGCCAUGAAGGGAGCUGGUACAGAUGAUUCCACUUUGAUUCGAAUUGUGGUUACUCGAAGCGAGAUUGAUCUUGUACAGAUCAAACAAGGUUUUGCACAGAUGUACCAAAAGAGUCUUUCUUCCAUGAUCCAGGGUGAUACAAGUGGAGACUACAGACGUCUGCUGCUAGCAAUUACUGGCCAGUAG